AUGGAAAAUAACAAUGAUGGUAAUUGAACUGACUUUAGCAAAAAGUUGAGUGAAGUUCCUUCUUGAGUGCUGCCGCCUCCUCAGAGCUAUAGAUAUUUCCCUCCUCAGGAGGAAAUAAUUGUCACUUCAAAGAAAUCAACCCAGAGAAUUAUCUUCAAGGGUGGACUCAAAUUCUCUGUUAAGGAGAAAGAGGCUAUUAACCAAUUUAAGCAAAUCAGUCAAGAAACUGGCUACUCCAUAGAUCCCUUCUUCGAUGAUACUGAGAUUCUUAGGCUCUUGCAGGUCAGCAAGUUUGAUAUCAAGAAUGCACACAAAUUCAUGGAUACCUACCUAGGGUGGCGAGAUGAGCAUGUACCACCUAAACUUACUUCCUUGUGCGAAAAGCUUAUUCAUUCUGGGUUCCUGUAUAUUCAUGGAAGAGAUAAGAGAUUUCGUCCUCUGAUUGUUCUCAACCCAACAGCCUUGCUUGCUUUUAAGAGUAUCUCUCAAGAUGUACUAGGGACGGAGAUCAUCAAGUCUAGUAUCUUCAUUAUUGAAUAUGUGCUCAAAAACAUGUUUCUUCCUGGCCAAAUCGAGAAUUAUAUCGUGAUAAUUGACGUAAAUAAAUUGGGAGUUUCGGAAAUUCCGAAGUCAAUACUUUCAAAAAUAAUCGAUUGUCUCAGCAAAGGUUAUAGAUACAGGACCAAACGAAUGUAUGUUCUUAAUACUACAUUCAGUAUCAAGCUUGCUUGGAAGUUUAUAGAAUCAUUCAUGGCAGUUCAUAUGAAGAACAAAAUGUUGAUGACCGACAAAAAUACCUCCCCUGAGUUACUUAAAGGGUUCCAUCCGUCUCAGCUUGAGGAGAAAUUUGGCGGCGAAUCACCAAACCGGACCGAAUUUUGGCCACCUUACAUCCCUUCUGAAGAAUUUGGUGAGCAUGAAGAAUGAAUGGUAUCAGAGACUCAGUACAAAGAUAUCUUGUCCCAAAAUCAAGAAUUGCAAAGAAGACCUGACCUUGAACAUUCGAACAAUUUAAGUUCUGACCAUGAGCACAAAGAGAACAAAGAGAACCAACAUAAUCUUAUUGAGCCUAAAGAGUGCAAACCCGAAUCUGAAUCCAUCCAAGGAAGGGAAGAUAGCAUCAAAAAGUUUUUCAGAGAUCGGUAUAAGGAAACCCUAUCUGAUGCUGACUCAGAUGUACUGAUGACAGCCGAUCCCUGUAUCGAUGAGAAAAGCGUUGCGAUGGAAGAUUCCUUCUGCAUGUCGAGUUAUGAAAAAGAUAUUGUUAACAUAUUUCAAGGGAAAAAACACAAGAGGAUUUCCAAAACAGAGAAUGGGGACAUAAUUGUCUCAAAACCGACUCUUCAAGCUCAUUCAGCUUACUCAAAACUUUCGACAAAAGAGGGUACUCUUCAGCUUCUAAAGGGAGAAAUUGAGGAAAAUAUUAUUGAAGACGAAGGUCCUCAUUGACAUAAGCUAUCACCUAUCCCCUCUUUUGAGAACAAAGGAAGGGAGUCUAAUCUAAUAAACAGACAGUCCUCCUUCCAAGUCAGAAUGCCUUCUAAGAAGGAGCAUGAAGACGCCUUCUUUCCUAUCCAAGAAGAGGAGGAAGAGAAGGUCUAUUAUAAAGAGGUCAAAGUUCAUGGCGUCAUCAAGAGGAAAUACGAAUGGAACUUCGACUAAUUUUAUUAACACAUUUUUCAAUUA